AUGGAGGCGAAUCGCUUGAAUACGUCUUCGCUUUUGGACUUUGUGGUUUGGUUUAUGUCUGCCUUACCUCUGGGCGACGAGGCAAGAAUCUUCCACCUGGUUAGUCGGGAUUUUAGAAAGUUACCAACCUUUUUCUUGAUUGAAUCAACUAAUGAUGACUCUGCCUUAGGUCCUCCAACCAUCCCCAUCUUAGGAAACCUACAUCAGCUUCCCAAGUCCGGUACCUUUCUCAAACUCACAGAAUGGGCCCAGCAAUACGGAGGAAUCUACUCCAUAAAAAUAGGCUCGGGGACCUCAAUCGUCCUCACAGACCGCCAACUCGUCCGCGAACUCAUCGACAAAAGAAGUUCAAAAUACAGCCAACGCCCUCCAUCUUAUGUAUCCGAUAACCUAAUAACCCAGGGCGAGCACAUGCUCGUAAUGCAAUACGGGCCAUUAUGGCGCGUUUUCCGCAAACUCGUUCACCAGAAUUUCAUGGAAUCUGUCGUGGAGAAGAAUUAUGUUCCGGUACAGAAUGCCGAAGCUGUACAGAUGCUUUAUGAUCUCUGUCAGCGGCCGGAUCAACAUAUGCUUCAUCCGAAGAGAUUUAGUAAUAGUGUUGCUAUGAGUAUAAUUUUCGGCAUGCGAACGCCUACUUUGGAUACGCCGCAUAUGACUCGUUUGUAUCACAUCAUGGACGACUGGGUCCAAGUAAUGGAACCCGGCGCCACACCACCGGUCGACAUAUUCCCAAUCUUCCACUGGCUCCCGCAAAACCUAUACAAAAAUUGGAAAAAGACAUCCAAAAGACUCGGAUCAAACAUGAACUCCCUAUACAGCAGUCUACUAAACGAAGUCCGAACACGCCGCGAAAAUCCCAAAUAUCCCCGCAACACCGUGAUGGACUCUGUUCUGGACCAGAACGAGAAACUCGGUCUGACGGAUCAUCAGAUUUAUUUCUUCUGCGGAGUUUUGAACGAGGGUGCUUCUGAUACUACCGCGACGGCUAUUCAGUCUUUUAUUCACGCUAUGAUUAAAUGGCCCGAUAUUCUGCGCAAGGCGCAGAUGGAGGUUGAUGGUGUUGUUGGUGAGGAUCGGACGCCUGUUUGGGAAGAUUAUAAGUCUCUUCCUUAUGUUGCGAUGACGGUUAAAGAGGCUAUGCGUUGGAGGCCUGUUGUUCCGCUUGCUUUUCCACAUGCUGCUACGGAAGAUGAUUGGGUCGAUGGCUAUUUCAUCCCCAAGGGCUCAACGGUCAUAAUUAAUGUCUGGGGUCUUCAUCGUGACCCAGCACAUUUUUCCAAUCCGGACGUUUUCGACCCAGAUCAUUUUAAAGGGAAGACUGCACUUGCUCCACAGCUGGCAAGUGUUCUCGACGUCAAUCAGCGCGACCAUUACGGGUAUGGGUCUGGACGUCGGAUUUGUCCCGGGAUGCACCUUGCAGAACGCAAUUUGUUCCUGGCGAUCGUGAAGCUCAUUUGGGCUUUUGAUUUCGGGCCUGACAUGGAUGAGAAGACUGGUUUGCCUGUUGAUGUGGAUGUUGACCCGCAGACUGGAUAUAAGGAAGGACUGGUACUCGGUGCGAGACCGUUUGCUUGUCGAAUAUCGGUGAGAUCAGAUGCGAGGAGAGAUACGAUUGUGAGUGAAUUCGAGAAGGCGAGGGCGAAUGUAUUUUCAAAGUAUGACUUUUGA